AUGUCGUCCUUGCAAAUGUCUCUAUCGAUCGAAUGUCCUUCACCUGAUUCGUGCUUUAUCCAGCAACCACAUGUCCAUCGUCCACGUCAAUCGGAGCCUCUGAUUCUUAACUCCAUUCUUGACCAUAUCGGGAAUACACCACUCGUACGUCUUCAUACAAUUGCAAAAAAAGCGGGACUCAAAUGUGACUUGCUCGCUAAAUGCGAGUUUUUUAAUGCCGGUGGCUCUGUGAAAGACCGUAUUGGUAAACGAAUGAUUGAAGACGCCAUGGCUUCCGGUCGUAUUAAACCGGGUGAUACUCUUAUUGAACCGACAUCAGGAAAUACAGGUAUUGGCUUGGCAUUGGCUGCUGCGCUCUACGGAUUUCGUAUCAUUAUCACGCUACCGGAAAAAAUGUCACUAGAAAAAGUAAAUGUGCUCAAGGCACUUGGUGCUGAGAUUAUCCGGACGCCCACGGAGGCGGCUUGGGAUUCACCCGAGUCACAUAUUGGUGUAGCCAAACGUCUUGCCAAGGAGAUCCCGAAUGCUCAUAUCUUGGAUCAAUACAGUAACCCUUCCAAUCCUUUGGCUCAUUAUGAUGGUACGGCUGAAGAGAUUCUUGAGGCUUGCAAUGGACAUGUUGACAUGAUCGUCAUGGGUACCGGUACUGGUGGAACGCUGUCGGGUACAGCACGUAAAAUCAAAGAGAAAUGUCCGAGUUGCAUUAUCGUCGGUGCUGACCCUUUCGGUUCUAUUCUGGCUGAGCCAGAGAAUCUUAACGAUGAGAACCGUCUGAAACCCUACCAGGUUGAGGGUAUCGGCUACGACUUUAUCCCACAAGUGCUGGACCGCUCCCUCGUGGAUCAAUGGAUUAAAACGAACGACCAGGAGUCGUUCUUCCUGGCACGUCGCCUUAUUCGUGAAGAAGGACUGCUGUGUGGUGGCUCAUGCGGUUCUGCUGUGGCUGCGGCGCUAAAUGCUGCUAAAGAUCUUAAAGCUGGCCAACGUUGUGUUGUGGUACUACCUGACUCGACACGUAACUACAUGUCCAAAUUCCUGUCGGACGAUUGGAUGUACGAACACGGCUACGUGACGGACAUGUCGAAGAGCGCAUUGAGCUCGACGUGGUGGGCCAAGAAGAACGUGUCUGAGCUGCUACUGCAGCCCCCCGUGACGAUCACUCCCGAUCUCACGUGUAAGGAGGCCGUGAACAUUUUGAAGAAGGAGGGCUUUGACAACCUACCCGUUGUGGCAGACGACAACUCGAUCGUAGGCGUCGUGACCGAGGGCAACCUCAUUGCACAACUAAUGCCCGGCCGUGUCCACCCGACCGAUUCAGUGGAAAAGGCCAUGUUUAAGCAGUUCAAGCAGGUGAGCCCGCAGACGUCGCUGUACGAUCUGAGCCGCAUUUUCGAUCGCGAUCACUUUGCGCUUGUCGUUACGGAGCAGAAGCGCAUCCGAAAGGGUGGUGAGGCCGAGACCAAGUCUGUCAUCUUCGGCGUUGUCACUCGAAUCGACCUGCUCACGUACAUUACGCGUCACAACGAGCAGUGA